AUGGCAUUCCUUUCGACAUCUGUGGAGCGUCAUUACUAUCUCUUCUAUUGCUCGUCUUGCACAGCGGCUCGGGAUAGGUACAACACCGACACCAGCUGUAAGCACACCGACAGUAAGCCAGACACCUGCUGUAAGCACACCGACAGUAAGCCAGACGCCUGCUGUAAGCACACCGACAGUAAGCCAGACGCCUGCUGUAAGCACACCGACAGUAAGCCAGACGCCUGCUGUAAGCACACCGACAGUAAGCCAGACGCCUGCUGUAAGCACACCGACAGUAAGCCAGACACCGAGUGUGAGCCGACCGACAACACGUACAGCAAGCAUCGCUCCACAGUCCACAGGUUUCAGUCUCAGAAGCCCCUGGCCACUCGUUUCUGUCGGAUCACACAAAAUGGAGCUGCAGUGUGGGACCAGCCGGUCCUCCUCACGUGUGGUACUGACUUACAAAACCUGUCUCAGAUUGUAGUGAACAACGAGACGGCUCUGUCUGUGGCAACGGAACUGCAGCUGAUCACAACACAGACUGAAACUCUCUCGUCUAGUGAUGUGGACACCGUUAUCGCCACUUUACAGAAAAUAGUCAACGCCAGCGCCACUGAGCAGAUCGGAGACUCCCUUCUGACAACUGUAGACAACCUGUUUAAAGUGAACGUCACAGUUCUUCAGCAAAGUCAAGGAGAAAGGGGAGGGCCGACCAGAGCCGUCCAGGCACUGGAGACAUUUGCUGAUACGGUCAUACUGACAACAGAUACAUACACCGCCGUGCGCCCAAGACUGGCACUGCAGGCAGCUGACAUCAGUCCAGAAGAGUUGGACAAGGGACAAGGAUUCGCCUUCUCCCUGAGUGGAAACGACUCCGACAGUUUGACGGAAGGCAACGUUACAAGCUUCACUACGGAGGAUGGAGGAGACAUUCAGCAGACUGCUGACAUCUCUAUCUCGUUACCUCCUAACAUCUCAAAUAUGAUACAGAUCAAAAACAUGUCAGAUGUCCGUCUGAGUUACACGCUCUACGACAGCAGCAGCCUGUUCGUCCAGCCUUCCAAGGGUGCCGUGGGGCCUUCCCAGGGUGCCGUGGGGCCUUCCCAGAGUGCCACGGUCCAUUCCCAGGGUGCCGUGGGAACCCGCAUCAUCGGCGGCAGAAUCGCAGGGAGGCGUGUUAAGGACCUGCCCGAACCGGUUAUCACCACCUUUGUCCCCUUACAGGAGAGUUUUGUUCCUGAAGAUAUAAGGGAGGUCAAAUGUGUGUUUUGGGACUUUGAUGCCGACGCGUGGUCAACUGAAGGGUGUGAGAGCAGGGGCGAAAACAUGGGACGGUACACGUGCGCCUGUAACCACCUCACCAACUUCGCCAUCAUCUUUGAUGUGUCCGGCGAGGGUUUUGGAGACCAUGAGAAACCGCUAGAGAUCAUCACUAUUGUGGGCUGUGUCGUCUCCAUCGCUUGUCUGGUCUUGACUCUACUCUCUUUUAUCAUCACAAGAAGAGACAAACGCCGAACCAGAACAGGUCAUGCUAAGAACCAGCGACUCGUUCUCAUCAACCUCUGCGUGGCUCUGUUGGCCAUUCUCGUCAUCUUCCUCGCUGGCAUCAACCGGACGGCUUCUCCCAUUGGUUGUAAGGUUGUGGCGGCAUUGUUACACUACUUCCUAUUGGCUGCUUUGAUGUGGAUGGCAAUGGAAGCCGUUAACUUGUACCGAGCCGUUGUGCAAGUGUUUGACCAUGUCUCUGAGAACUUCGUCAUCAAGGCUGGUGCUGUAGCGUGGGGCUUUCCUCUUGUUGCCACGCUGUCAACUGCUGGGCCCUCAAGUCUCUACAAUUAUAGAAUGGAGGAAGCUUGCUGGCUUGCACGAGAACCUCUGAUCUACGCCUUCUUAAUCCCAGCGGGUCUCAUCCUACUGUUCAACCUGCUGGUCUUCAUCUUGGUCAUGUACAAACUGGUCAGAGAAGAAAAGAAACAGAAAGAGUUAAGAGGUGCUGCAGCUGAUGCUAGCAAGGUAGAUCGUCAGUGGAUCAUCCUGCAGAUUCGUCGAGCCUGCAGCAUCAUGGCUCUAUUUGGUCUCACAUGGCUGUUCGGCUUCUUCGUCAUCGAUGACGCACGCACGGUUUUCGCCUACCUGUUCUGCAUCUUCAACACCCUCCAGGGCCUCUUCAUCUUCAUCUUCCACUGUGUGAUGAGAGAAGACAUGACGAAGUGGUGGAAGAAACUGACGUGCUGGAAGAAGUUCAUCUACAUAGGAAAGAAGAAGAAGGGUCUGUAUGAGGUGAAUGGGAGCAAGUCUUUUUCUUCGGCUUCACAAACGUCACAGACAAUACUUAUUGGGCUAAGCUCUUUGUCACUCGAUGCCAAACCUAAUCCAAAGUCGCUGUAG